AUGCGUGUGUGUGCGCGUGGGGGUCAGAUGGUGAUGACCACAGCGGGGGCCUUUGCCGCCUUCAGCCUGAUGACGGUCGCCGUGGGAACGGAUUACUGGCUGUACUCGCGCGGCGACUGUCAGACCAAGAGCAACGCUGAUAACGACACACACAAGAACGAAGAGGUACUCACACAUUCAGGACUGUGGAGAACCUGCUGCAUGGAAGGAACCUUCAUCGGAGUGUGUAAACAAAUUGAUCAUUUUCCGGAGGAAUCCGAUUAUGAGCAAGAUGCUGGAGAAUUCAUCCUGAGGGCGGUGCGUGCCUCCAGUGUAUUCCCGAUCCUGAGUGUGUGUCUCCAGUUUGCGGGCGGAGUGUGUGUGGCAGCCAGCGAGUUCUACAAGACCAAAUACAAUGUCAUACUCAGCGCUGGAAUAUUGUUCAUCUCAGCCGGUCUGAGUAACAUAAUCGGCAUCAUUGUGUACAUCUCAGCUGCUGCAGGUGACCCAAACCAAAGCGAAUCCAAGCGCAGCCACUGGUAUGGGUGGAGCUUCUACUGCGGAGCCUUCUCAUUCGUUGCCACCGAGAUGGUGGGAGUGGUCACGAUCCAUCUCUUCAUCGACGCCCACCGACGCCUGCGCGCUGCCAACCCCUCCGCACACAGGCGCGCGCUGACACACACCAACUCACACAGCUCCUACACACACAACAACCAUGGAUGCUCGCUGUCGCGCUCCCGACACCCGUCCGGCACGCGGAACUCCAGCUACCGCUCCCGUUACCGCCGACAACCUAGUUACCGUUCGUCUCAAGCGGCGGCCCCGCCCACCCCCACGUCAACAAUGACAACGCUAUGGCGACCACCAAUCACGGCCGACCUGCCUGCCUGGCCGCUCUACCCCAUGGGAAAUGGUGUGGUGCACUUUAACUCCAGGGGGUAUUGA